CCCUUUUACUGUCAAACAGUGCCAUUUGGCUUGAAGUCUGCUUCUCAUAUUACAUACACCAGUGCAGGUCUGAUUCGUCCAGCAAGCCGCUCACUCCCUGUGACGCUUGGUUGUUUUGUACACGUCAGCAGUCAAAGACUUGCACAGUGGAGAAGAUGAAACUGCUCCGUCACUUUCCUUUCUUCCUGUUACGAGCGGCACACACUGACAAGUUACCCCGCAGUCAGGGAUUAAAAGCAAGCACAACUUCUGUGGCAGCUGGCACGGUGUUGAGAGGAACAGGGAGAGAAGUUAGAUAAAUCAAACACGCAACGCAUAAAGAGGACUUCCCGAACAAUGUGAGCUGCCAUAAAGCAAAGGUUGCUUUUUGUAAUCUAUCAAAAAUGAGGUUUCGGCUGGUUAAAAAGAAUCUGCUGGUGCUUUUGGGGGUUUCGUUUGUCGUUUGGACUCUUUUGGUUUCUACCCGUGUGCUGUCAGUUCCAGAGAACGGCACAGGUGAUGUGGGAAAUCAAGCAUAUCAGGACACACGCUUAAGUGAAACAGUAAAGUUUGACUUUUCUGGGUCACUGUCAGAACUGACACAAUCUGUCUACAAUGCCAAUUACAAGCAGCAUGUUUUAAAUGUCAAGCAGUUUCCAGGGGAGCCCCAGCUGGUACUGGUCGUGCAGAUCCACAACAGACCAGAAUACCUCCAACUUCUCAUUAAGUCUCUGGAGAAAGCUGCAGAUGUCAGCAGCUUCCUGCUCAUCUUCAGCCAUGACUAUUUUUCAGCGGAAGUCAACGCCAUUGUGCAAGGGAUCACGUUCUGCAAGGUACUGCAAAUUUAUUUCCCGUUCAGCACUCAGCUCUAUCCCACUGAGUUUCCCGGGCAGGAUCCUAGGGACUGCCCACGGGACAUAUCCAAAGACAGUGCCCUCAAAACAGGAUGUCUCAAUGCAGAGCACCCAGACUCUUACGGACACUACAGGGAAGCAUCCAUCACUCAAACCAAACAUCACUGGUGGUGGAAGUUACACUUUGUGUGGGAGCGAGUGCAGGCAAUCCAGGGCUACAAUGGAUUUGUAAUAUUUCUGGAGGAGGACAACUACGUUCUACCAGACUUUUUCCAUUUCUAUAAAUCAAUGGUGGAAUUCAGGAGGAACACCUGCCCGGAUUGUGAUUUGCUUGCUUUGGGAAACCAUAAUGACUUUACUGGUUUCCCCACACUGUCUAACAAGGUAUUGACCACUGGGUGGAUGUCCACAAAACACAACAUAGGUAUGGCCAUCUCCAGAGAGUUGUACUACAAGAUGAUGGGCUGCAGCAAGGAAUUCUGCACGUAUGAUGAUUACAACUGGGACUGGACUCUGCAGCAUCUUUCUGGUGCCUGCAUUUCAAAGCCUAUAAAAGUGCUUGUGGCUCAGGGCUCCCGGGUUCUUCACACUGGGGACUGUGGACUGCACCAGAAGCAGAACUGCAGGCCAGAAUGGGCCUUGCAGAAGGUUGAGGAGGCGCUUGGCAAAGCAAAAGAUGGCCUUUUCCCUCCUUCUCUUGUCCUUACUGCUUCUGAAGCAGCUCAACACAAGGACCAUAUGAAGAAUGGAGGGUGGGGAGAUGUCCGAGACCAUGUUUUAUGCAAUAACUAUGCCAAACGUCUGUGAACUGUGCCUUUACAUCACGAUGUUUCAAAAUGUUCAGGCUGCACAUUUACAUCCAAAUUCACCACUUUUGUGUGUUUUCAUGAUCGAGAGGUCUUCCUCCAAAAAUCAGGUGUAAAUGAAUUCCAAGCAUGUUGUACAGUACAUACACUGCUUGAACUCUUCUGCAUUGCUUUUUUUUAUCUACAUCAAAAAAUAUACUUUUGCCAAAAACUGAAUUGAUAAAUUGUGUGUAUCAUGCAUUUAAUCUGAGAUUGGAUAGCGUCCAAUUUGGAGUGAACUCUGUCUCUCACUCCAAGUCAGCUGGGGUAGUCUCCAGUGACCCGCGACCCUAAUAAGGGCAACCGUAUAGAAGAUAGAUAGGUGCAUUAGAUUUUUCAAGCCAUAGAAUUCCAUCCAUUUGCCCAUCCAUUCUCACAAGACUUAUGGAGUGCUGGAAUCUAUCCCAGCAAACUUCGGGCUGCAGGUUGGGUACACCAAUCGCAUGGCACAUAGAAACAAGGAUUCACAUUCACAAUCACACCUAAUGGAAAUUUAGAGUCUCCAAUUAAUCCAUGUUUUUGGGACGCAGGAGGAAACCAGAGUGCCCAGAGAAAAGCCACGCAGGCACGGGGAGAACAUGCAAACUCUACACAGGUGGGGCUGGGUUUUGAACCCUGGUCCUCAGAACUGUGAAGCUAACGUUCUUAACGAGUCCCUUUUACAUGCCACCCAUAUAAUUCCCUUGACCAUUAGUUCCUUUUUUUAUUUUUUCUUCACAUUUGACAUUUUACACAACUUGGUCAAGUUUGCUGCUGCUUUAAUAAAACCUUAAGUUGGAGUCUUUUUCCUUUUUUUUUUAAAUACAUGUACUUUCAAUGGUACGAUUUCAAGUGCAGUUAAACUCGCACAUUUUUGGAAAUGUUAAACUAAUGCACAUAAUUGAAGAAAAGUUACUGAAUCCACACAUAAAGCAGCGCUUGUGUCAUUAGACUGUAAUAAUGGUUGUUCAAUGGACUUGAGGCCUUCCAUGUUAGCUCGCUUUCAUGAUCGUCACUGGUAUCAAACAUGACAACUUGAUUUAUUGAUUUUUGUUCCUGUGUGUUUGCUUUUGAAACAGGAGAAAUGUGGCCUUUUGGACUCUUGACCUGACGGGAUACCAAAAUGUACAUUUGUGAUACAAGCAAAAGGCAGAAUGCAUGAAUAUGAAUUGUGUUUUGUAAGUUUACAACUGAAUUUUAACACAGUCUUAUCAAUGAUGUAAUUGUGCAAAAGUGCCUUUUAAUGAUUCCUUUGUACCUCAGCCUGAUGUAAAAAAAACACACAGUAUUAAUCAUAAAUUAGAAGAGUAGGGGGCAAUGGAUGUCAAUGUUCAUUUCACAAAUGUUUAGUGGUUUGAAAUGAACUGUCACAUCUUGUUUUUUACACAGUCAGUAAUCUAAGAUUGUUCACUGAUGACAGUGCAACUAUAUGGGUAACCCAUAUUAGUCAUUCCUGGUGAAAAACCUGCGGCAUACUGCAAAUCGCACCCUCCAUAGAUUUCAUGAUUCUCAAGGUUAUUUCACGGGAUAGUGCAAAUGUGAUUUUUUAUUUUGUCUUGGCUAAAUUCUGAUAAUUACUCCUAAUAGCUGUUGUUGACUUUUUUUCUCAGAAUGGAGAAAGUUAAAAAUAUUGUCCAUAUUUAUCUGGGAUACAGUGCUUCUUGCUUAUGAGGCUUUGGUGAGUACUGGUGUUUAAACCGUACCAUUUAGUCAAUGUCAUUUUCUGUUGAGUUUUUACUUUAAAAUGAUAUUUCUGUGUGAAAAAGAGACAUUUGUGGAAAAUGUACUUUUGGUUGCUUGACCCUGUAUUCAAAUAGUUGUCUCCCCUGAGUGCCUUCCUACCCAUCAAGUGUGAAAUUAAACAACCAAGAGAAGCCUUUUGUUCGCUCCCUAUUUUUUAAAAUGUGUAUGUGAGCUCGAGUAAUUCAGAACUUUGCUCAACUGUUGAGUAACAGUGUUGUCAAUUUACAUUUAAGUUUACUCUUCCAAGAGAAAACCAGACACACUUAUCAAGGCACGGCCUGGCUAAACUUCCUGAAACAGUAUGUUCAAAAUUGAAGGUAAAUGAGCACUAGUGCAGCUUCUUAAAAGCAGCAUAUAACCCUCAGGUGCUCAGCUCAAUUGCGUGCUUGAUGCGGUGGCACUGGGGAAGUGCAGUACCUUAUGUUUGGUGAUGUGUACUUUACAUGCGCACCACAAACAUGGUUCUUCACACGAAGUGACACGUGACAUCAGUUUGUUGUUAACUCCAUCAGCGAAUAAAUGUUAUACUCAAGCCUUGUGGGCCCAGACGUGUCCUGCAAAAGCAAAUAAUAUGCAUCUAAUUCAAGUUUUUCGCUGUUCCACAAUUGCAAAUUGUCUUCAUUUUCAAUACUGAUGUGUAAUUCUGAGAUUCCAAGCAUUUUAAUUUUUUUUACCAAACCACUUUAGGAAAGAAACAGUUA